AUGCUAUUCGACGUAUCGCUGUUCGUAUUCAUCUUCCAUCUCUGUGGUGUCUCUAGAUGUAAAGCCUCAUCUGCGAGCGACCCCAAGGUCGCCAUUCAAGAUAUGUCGCCCGACAGUCCGAUAGCCGAUAUCGUGUACUUGGGUGAAAAACAAGAAGUCAUAUUAUUCCGGACAGAGAACGGACACGUGUAUCGGUCGCCCGACUCCGGCCUAUCCUGGCAGAAAAUAACAGAUGGUCUCGGCCAAAAGUCUAUCACGCGAACAACUGGUGUCAAUGAGAUGCCUGCUGACAGCGACCGAAUAAAGCUGAUUGAACCGCAUCCCAGCGAUAACAAAGUCGUUCUCCUAGUAGGAGUGAAGCACGUGCACUACCUCAGUGAGGAUUCAGGCAAGUCGUGGAGGUUUAUCAAACACCAUGGCCUCCAUACGUACUUGUUCCACCCAACUGACCCAAAGUCGGCUCUCGUAUCAUCCUGGAGCAAAUCCUGCGAUCUCCACACGCAUGAGCGAGAUCCUAAUAAUGCCUGCCAGCACGCUCUCUACCGCACCAGUGACGGUGGCAAGACUUUCUCUAUAGUAGCAUCAUAUGUGGUCCAGUUCAGUUGGGGAUCUACCAAGUUCGGAUCUGCCAAUAGGAUAUAUUUCACACAUCACAAGAAGAAGUCUGGAGACCAACCACAUCUCCACGGAUGGUUCUCAGACAUCGACUUUGCGUGCACUGAUGACAACGGGCAAUCGGUCAAUACUCUCAUACCUGGUGGCAACAAGUUUGUGAUGACCAAGGACUACCUCUUCGUGGCUGAAGCCGAAGAGGUCUCAGGCAACACCGUUCGGUUGGAAGUAUCAGCCAACGGCGCGAAAUCGUUCGCUACAGCGAGGAUCCCCGUGGCACUUGAACAACACAGCUACACGAUUCUCGACGCCGCCCACGGUUUUGUCAUGCUCCACGUCCAUCACGGGUGGAAAAACGGUCGAGAGGUUGGCAACAUCUACGCAAGCGAUGCAACGGGAACACUAUUCUCUCUUAGCUUGCCCAAUGUGGCAAGCAACGAGGACGGCGAAGUGGCCAUAGAACGUAUCGUGUCAAUGGACGGUGUUUAUAUAGCCAACUAUGUCGAUGACCCUCUCGUGGCCUUCUCCGAGGAAGAAGGCGAGCUCGUGGGCGACGAACCUGUGGUUGGUCAUUCGGGAGCGGCCGCUAUCUGGAGGACCCCUUUUCAGGAGGGUAUCGAGUUCCAGGGCCAUCAUGGAUCAGUGAAGCCUUCGAGAGAUGAGGACUAUAUAAGGACAGUCAUCAGCUUCGACAACGGGGGCAUGUGGACUUAUCUCGACCCUCCACAAGACGAUCAUGAAGGGCGUCCAAUAGAAUGCCCUAAGGCAAAAUGCUCAGUACAUUUACAUGUCGUUUCCAGUGAAGUUGUAUCGAUGCCCAUAUAUGCAACGGAAGCAGCAGUUGGGAUCAUUCUAGCUAUGGGCAAUAUUGGUCCCUAUUUACGGUAUGAACAAGAUGAGAUCAACACGUAUCUUUCCCGUGAUGGCGGCCUCACAUGGCAAGAGGUCCAUGCGGGCUCAUACUCCUAUGAGAUUGGUGACCACGGAGCCUUGAUAGUGAUGGCAGAUGCAACUCGAAAAACUAACAGUGUUGUUUUCUCAUGGACCGAGGGGUCUGACUGGUAUGACUUCGACCUGGGCGCAGAGCCUUUCCACGUUACCAACAUUCUCACAUCGGACUCAGCGGCAUCGACCAAAUUCGUCGUAUACGGCACGCGAGACUACCAGGGUGUACUCUAUCAUCUCGACUUUUCGACGAUUCUGCCAAGAAUAUGUAGCGGCUAUUGGGCUCCUGAUGGCCCAUCGACCGACUACGAAACCUGGAUUCCCAGCGCUGGCAUAGUCUCCAGUGACUCAUGCCUUCUCGGGCGCAUCACCAGUUAUGUCCGCCGAAAGCCACAUGCAAAGUGUUUCAAUGGUGAAACGUUUGAAAGGCCCGUCUUCAAGAACAACUGUCCAUGCACCUUUGAGGACUAUCAUUGCGCGUUAGGCUUCGCGAGGACGUUGGGUGAAACUGAAUGCAAGCCAGUCGAUGUUGACGCGGUGUUAACACCAGAAGAGAUGGAAUGCACAUCCUCGAGUGCAUACUUUGCGGACGCCUAUCGUAGAGUCCCCGGCGAUACUUGUGAAGGUGGUUUCGUUCCAGCCCAGGCCCAGGUGCCGUGCCCUAGCUCUAGUCCGCUCUCUAAAGCGGCCUGGGUAGCGGUUGGUCUCGUCGUGUUUUUCAUCAUCGUGCUCAUUGGUCUGAAUCAUGCCUCUUCUGGACCGGGCAGCAAUGGUGGCUUCGAAACUCUGAGGUAUGUUAAGUAUGCCACCUUGGCCAGAGCUGGCGAGGAAGCGGUAGGAUACAUGAGCGAUAAUGAGGAUGAUGAGUAG